GACAACUGGCGGAAAAAGGAAGUGGCGGACAUCCUUGACAACUGGCAACCAGAGGCGUUUGCAACAUCGGAGACAGGUUUUAUAGCAUUUCAUUCGACUUAUUGCAGCUCUGGAGAAAACAACAUUUGCACUGUAAGAUGGCGUCUCAUAGCAACUUCAGCGAAAUGUUAUCUCCAUCGCCUCUGCAGCCUGUUUAUUGGACAACUCUGACAAAACACGAUGCUCAGGUCAUCUUGACUACUGCUUGGACCACCGGAUCUUGGUCGGAUAACCAUACCCGAGAGUCACAGAACGCACAAGAUCACCUGAGAAAGUUGAGCGAUGCCGUUGCCUUUGAUCUGCUGCCUACCUUCGUCUUCAUUGCAUUUCUGGUGCUGCUGGGAAUACCUGGCAACCUCGUAGUCUUUUUGGUCUACCUGAAGCGCUUCAAGCCCAGCUCCACCCGUGUCUACGUGCUGGUCAUGUGCGGCGCGGACCUGGUCAUCAAUGCCUUGGGUUUACCCACCUGUGUCCUGUUCUUGCGCCACCUGUACGACUUCCCCAACCCCGAACUGUGCCGCCUCAUCUUCGUGUGCGCGCGGUUUCCUGGCUCCGUGUCGGCAUGGCUUCUCAGUUUUGUGGCAGUGGACCGCCAUCAACGCAUCUGCUCACCCUUCCGUAAACCCCAAAGCGAGGCGACAGCUCGACAUCUAGCUCUGUUGUCCAUCUUUCUCGGUUCGGCAUUGACCUUUCCUUUCGUUUCUUUGUAUGGAACGACCUCUGUGUCCGUGGAGGGGCUCUCCAUCCCUGGCAGCAGAUGCGGCAUACAAGACUUAUAUCUGAAAUCCACUUACCGCACUCUCGAGAGCAUCGUUUUUGCCAUCUGCGCUGUCAUCAGCCUUGGAAUCAUCGUCGCCGCUUACGUGUUGAUCGGCUGCAAGCUGUAUGGCCACGCCCACCAAAGGAAAUUCUCUGAUGCUCAUGAGAAAAGGAAGAAAGGUGGAACCCCUAGACACGAGACGGACUGCCAGGCUUCAGUGGAGCUGGAAGCGGACAAUGCCAUCGAUGUUCAGACACCCGACUCCCUCAACUACUCCAGCGACGCGUGUGAGAGCGACACGGAGAGCGAGUCAGGACCGCACGUGGGCGCAUCACGUGGUUCGAAGCGUAAUGGUCAUGUGACUUUAGACGCAAUGCAGCGGUCCAUCGUCCUGAAGUCUGUGAAAAGUGAAGGAAACGGUUUGUCAAGAACUAGAAUGGCAGCUUCUCCCCUGAAUGCAAGGCGGGCGAUUCCCGAUGACACCCGCGGGAGCAAAGGACAGCAUGGGACGCUCUCGCAGCCGGGAAAAUUGACAAACGCCCAUGUGUCUUUUUCGCUCAAAACGAGGCUGUUUCAAACUGACUCCUCCAGCUCGAGGCUGACUUUCUCCAGCACUACCUCGUGGAGGUGUUCGCGGACGACUCUGAUGCUGUUUGUCGUCACUGUGGUUUACCUGUUCAGCGUCCUUCCUUACACCGUUCUGUCCUUUCUGGGGGAAGGUCGCUUAACUGUCUGCGUUAACCUGACCUAUUGGCCGAGAAACAUUUGCCAGACUUCCAUGAUGCUUUUCGCUCUCAACAGCUCCAUCAACCCUUUCAUCUACAGCUUCUGCAACCCGCGCUUUCGUCAGCAAUGCCAUCGCCUUUUUACCAAAGGUAGAGACCAACGCCACCCGGUGAACCGACAUGGGUGACGAUAGCAUGAUUUGCCGUCACAUGAUCUGCCGCAGAUUGCAGGUAUUAACUCUUUACAGCUCGGAGAGAUUUUCUAAUCCACAGAGUGAAUUCGCUGGGUUUUCGACUAUACGUGUCCCAUGAAGCAGUAAAAAGUUAAAUCAUCAUAAGAAUCUCCGAGGAGGAAGCGUGGCCGAGAGGAUAAAGCGCGCAAGAUUGUUCAUUGUUGCCAUCUCCAUCUCGAUGGUUUCUUCCGCUUCUCCUGAUUGACCAUCGUGCAUUAGUGCCUUUCCAGUCGAGGCAAUUUAAUCCGUGUGUGUGGUACAGAUAGAAAAGGAGGGGUGAGCAGACAAAAAAAUCGUGUUUUAGCCACCAUGUCCACGUGAAUCCCUAACUUUUCGCUUGCGCGGGCACCUCUGCUCGCACGAACUCAUUGUUGUCAGAUUGAGAGCUAGACGAAGGCUUUUGCUUUCAGGUUGAAUUUGUGUUUCACUCCACGAAUAUAAAAAGGCAGAAACGAUAAAUUCUGCUUUGUGUUGGAAGUUAUCAAUCCAACUGUUCUGCACCCAGUAACAGGAAACAGUGAAAGGAUGAGUGGUACCACACUGUGGGGUUUAAAUAUUUUGUGUAGACAACAAAAGUUUAAAAAUGAAAAGUGGGGGGGGGGAUGUGGGCCGGUUUAUUGAUAAUGAUACACACUAGUGAAGCUUCUAUGGCUAAAUACACUAAGACUAUAAAAGAAAGGCGAUCAUGACCAUCAAAUGACCUCAGCCUUCACUUCUGGUUAGGCAGCAAUCAUAAACAGGAUAAGAAAUGUUUAGAAAGACUGAGAAUUAUUGUUGUAGCAUGAUAACAGAGCAUUAGAAUGGGUCAAAUAAUGAUGCAGGGUAUUCAAGUGUUCAAACGAACGAAUGACUAUUUUUUGCACGUGUUGUACAAGACACCAUUGCUGUAAAUAAUAAUUGGAUUUGUGAA